AUGAAUGGUAAUCAUCUAUUGAUAAUAAUUAUUAUUGUUGUUGGUUUUUCAUUUACAUAUUCUGCUGUGAUUAAUAUUCAUUCAAAAAAUCAUUUGAACCAUCCAAGUAGGACAUGGGAUCAAGCUAUUGCUAUGAGUAAAACCUUUGUUACAAAAUUAAGAUUAGAAGAAAAAUGCAAUAUGACAGCUGGUAUUGGAGGUCGAUGUGCUGGUAAUAUUUUUCCUGUAUCACGUCUGAAUUUUAAAGGAUUAUGUUUGCAUGAUUCACCAUCUGGUGUUGGUGGUGUUUUACAUUCAACUGCUUUUACACCUGGUAUACAUAUAGCAGCUAGUUGGGAUCGAAACUUGUUCUAUAAACGUGCUGUUGCAGUAGGUAAAGAGUUUCGAGGUAAAGGAGUGAAUGUUAUUUUAGGUCCAAUGAUGAAUUUUGAUCGAAAUGCUCGAAAUGGUCGUAAUUGGGAAGGAUUUGGUGCUGAUCCAUAUCUUGCUGGAGAAAAUUCAUUUUAUUAUAUUCAAGGUGUACAGGAUCAAGGUGUUAUUGCAACUGCUAAACAUUAUAUUUGUAAUGAACAAGAAACUAAUCGUUUUUUUGGUCUAACAGGUUUUCCAAGUGUACCAGAUGCAAUUAAAUCCAAAGGUUAUUCAGCUAAUGUUGAUGAUAAGACAAUACAUGAAAUUUAUCUUUGGCCAUUUGCAUCUAGUGUAGCUGCUGGUGUAGGUUCUGUUAUGUGUUCAUAUAAUGAAAUAAAUGGUACACAAGCUUGUCAAAAUGAUAAAAUAUUAAAUAAAAUUUUAAAAGAAGAACUUCAAUUUUCUGGUAAUGUUGUAUCUGAUUGGUAUGCAACAAGAACUGGUGUAGAAUCAGUUUUAGCUGGUUUAGAUGUUGAUAUGCCAGGUGAUGAUGGAUUUUUGGGUUUUUCACUUUUACAAGCUGUUAAAAAUGGAUUGAUUUCAGAAAGAAGAAUUGAUGAUAUGAUUACUCGAAUUGUAACACCUUAUUAUCUUCUUAAACAAGAUGAAAGAUAUCCAUCAAUUGAUUUAGAUCGAGAUUUUAUGGGAGAUCAUUAUAAGAUUAAUAGAGAAAUUAGUAGUGCAGGCAUUAUUUUACUUAAAAAUAAAAAUAAUGUUUUACCAUUUAAUGUUAAGAAAGAUAAAUAUCUUUUUAUUUAUGGAGCAGCAGCAGGUCAAUCUAGUGAAGCUGCUAGCUCAAAUAUAUUUGUAGCUUUUUCAAAACGACCUACAGGUGCAUUAUAUCAAGGUGGAGGUUCAGCUUUUGUUAAUCCAACAUAUGCCAUUGAUCCUCUUAGUGCACUUUUGAUUAAAGGACGAGAUUCACAUCUUAAUAUUCAUUAUAUUACUAAUCAAAAUGAUUAUAAUUCUAUUAAUGAUUCAUUCAAUUUUCGUGGUUUUGCUAAUGCAAAAUGUCUUGUUUUCAUUAGUGCUUGGUCAACUGAAGGAGCAGAUAGAAUAAAUCUUAAUUCUUUUAAUAAUGGUGAUAAACUUGUUCAAACUGUUGCUUCUCAUUGUACUAAUACAAUAGUUAUUAUUAAUAGUGUUUCACAAGUUAAUAUUGAAGCAUGGAUUGAUCUUCCAAAUGUGGUUGGUGUUAUCUAUUCAGGUAUGCCUGGUUCUGAAUAUGGACCAGCUAUUGUUGAUGUUCUCUUUGGUAAUUAUAAUCCAGGAGGUAAACUUGUUUUUACAUUGGCUAAAAAAGAUUCGGAUUAUGGUACCGAUAUUAGUGUAACAAAAAAUUCUGAUUAUACUGAAGGUGUUUUCUUAGAUUAUCGUCAUUUUGAUAAAUAUAAUAUUGUACCUCGAUAUUAUUUUGGAUAUGGUCUCUCAUAUACAGCAUUUUCAUUCUCUCAUCUUCAUAUUUCAAAUUGUAAAAGAGAACAAUGUAUUGUUUCAUCACAAUAUCAACAAAAUCGAAUCAGACCUUAUAAUAAUAUUAUUGCUUCAAAAAUUUAUAUGCCUGUCUAUGAAAUAACAUUUACUAUUAUUAAUACUGGUAAUUUGUAUGGUUCAGAAGUACCUCAACUUUAUCUUGGAUUUCCAGCUACUGCACAACAACCACCAAAAGUAUUACGAGGUUUUGAAAGAGUAUAUUUAGCAUCAGGUGAAUCAAAACGUGUAACAUUAAUAUUAACACAAAAAGAUAUUUCAUAUUGGAAUGUUAUUAAUCAACAUUGGACUGUUGCUCCUGGUAUUUAUACCAUUUGGAUUUCAACAUCUGCUAAUAAGGCUGACAUUAAACUUCAAAGUUCAUUCCGCAUUUAA